AUGCUCUCCCCCUCCUCGCCGGCUUCUGGUGAGCUUCCCCGGAUUUCUAGGGCUUAUCCCGCUUUCCUCUCCGCCCGCGACGCUGGCACUAAAACAGUCCAUACCGGUUUGGAGCGAAACCCGAUGCCAGGAAAGGAGGACGGCGUGAUGAAGGACUCGGAAAAGGCUUCCUCCUUGAUGGAGGUGGCGAAAUCCUCGGCUGGCGGCGGCGAGGAUCUCGGCGGGGCGCCCCCCGCUCUCGCGGGGAAGAAAAGGAAGGACGAGAGGGCCUCUGACAACGGCGGCGUGGCCAAGAGGGUGCUGCGGUCCAACUCCUUGAAGCUGCGUGCGGAUGCUGAGCCGGAGGGUGAAGCUGCUGCUGCGGAUGGUAGCAGGGGUGAAAGUCUGGAGAAGGGUGGCUGCGACGAGGCUAUGGAUGAGGUUCAGGUGGAAGUGGAUGAUGCUGUACAAGUGGCAGCUAAGGGUUCUGAGGAGAACAAUGUGGAGAGUUCUGGUGUUGCUGUGAUGGAAGUUGCUGAAGGGGAUGGCUUAGACAGCCAGACAAGCGAUAAAGAGAAGGCAGACGAGAAAACUGACACUGCAAGUCAUGAUGUGUCUGGAGCUGGAGCAAGGCGGGGGAGUGCUGAUGACCCCCAGGAAAACAAGGGUACCAGCCAGGGGGAGGUCAUAGACCCAUCGGCCACAGCAAAUGACGGUGAACUGGGCACUGGGUUAGGCACAAGCAACCCUAGCAGUGGACCAGAAUCUGCUCAGCAGGAUGGUGCUGCUCUGUGUACUGAGGGAGUGGUACUCCACAGUGGUGAUCAGGGAGUUGAGAAGGGGUUAGCUAGCCCUGUAGAUGAAACCAAGAGGGUUUCAACUCCUGACAUUGUAUUUAUGAGGAGAAAGUCGUUACCUAGGAACGCAAGCCAAACGAAAUGUGAAGAGGAGCCUCAGGUUGAGAGGAGAGUUACGAGAUCAUCUACAGUUAGAAAAAAAGAGGUUGCUGGCAGCUCAGGCAAAAGUAGUGCAAAAGGGGCAAGCAUGGAAACCACAAAGGGGAGAAAGGAAGAUGUUCUUCAUCACUAUACAAGGAAAGUGAGCAAUACUGAAUCCUUGAAAGCUGAUCACGCUGACCUUUCUAAGCGCAGCACCAGCACAAAGAAGCAUGCACUAAAUGGAAAGGUUACUACUCGAAGAAACCCUGGUGUCACUGGCAAUGAUGAUCCUGCAAAUAUCACAGAAAACAAGGCAUCAGCAACAGCGCCAAAAAUCAGUUUGAAGCCCAAGGGAGGUGGCAGCAUUGCCAAGACAACCACAAAAGAUGCAGUUUCUCUGGUGGAUCAGAAUGUCUGUAGUUCAGCUAUCACUGAAAAGAAUGAUACUGAGCUUACAGAUUCUGAAGGAGCUAGAUCUGAAAAUAAGACUGCUGUGCAGAAAUCAGGAUUAUCAGUUGGUGCUAAAAUUGUUGCCAGUAAGAAGAGGCUACUGGAAUCAGGUUCUGAUAAAACUGGUGUAGAGUCACCAGUUGAGACGCCAUCGAUGAAAAAGACAAAAGAAAUGUCUUCUCACACUGAGGUAGAUCAAUCAACGAAGUCUUCUGGGGAAAUGCUUACAGGGAAGAACUCUAGUUCAGACAAGAAAGGUAUUUUGAAAAAACGACAGCAUCACAGUCGAGCAGCUGAGUCGAGCAGAUCUGUUAACCCUUCUAUUAAAACUGCCAUCAAACUUUCACAUAAUGAACCUGAUGAUGAUGGAACUGACAUCAGUAUUGCCAACAAGAGAAAUUGUAGAGGGCGCCGAGAACCUGGACUUCAUGCGGUAAAAGAGGAAGAGGAUUCCACCGAAUCUGAAGAACUUGUCACGAGGAAAGACCGCCAAAAAAGGAAAAAAGCUGUUCACAAACAAAGGUCUGGUUCUCCCAAAGCAAGUUAUUCAAAAGGCAAUGGAAAGGCAGAAAAUGAUGCCGGUGCAAAAUCUGGUGACCCAGGUGAGCAGGUUACAGCAAGUCUCAUCGAGGAAAAACGUAAAAUAAGUGACCAGAUAAAGACCAUACUUUUGGCUGCUGGUUGGACGAUUGACCUGAGGCCCAGGAAUGGAAGAAAUUAUAUGGACUCUGUGUAUAUACCUCCUACUGGUAAAGGAUCUUACUGGUCAGUCACAAAAGCUUAUGCAGUAUAUCAAAGCAAGCAAUCUGAGGAAAAGGAUGGAGCUACAAGCCAGAGUUUAUCAAAACAAUCUCCGGGUAGCCCUGGCAAAACACAUUCAUUACCAGAGGACCUCCUUGGCAAAUUAAAAAGAGUGGUUGUUAACAAGCGAAGACCCAAAUUUGAGCUUCAGAAGUUAAGAAAGAAGAAACAUGGUUUGCUAAAGAAGUCCAAAAAUUCCAAGGGCAAGCCAAAGGAAGGGAAGAUCUCAAAGGAAAGAAAAAAGCGAGGUGGUUGUGCUCUACUUGCUCGUGGAUCAAAGGGUGGAAGCAGCACCGAUGGUUUUGCUCCAUAUGAAUGGAAACGCUCUGUUUUCUCUUGGUUGAUUGAUCUGGAUGUUCUGCCUGUUAACGCUAGCCUGAAAUGUAUGGAUGAAAACCGCUCAAAAGUUUUGCUAGAGGGUUCCAUAAGCAGGGAUGGAAUUAACUGUAGCUGCUGUAGCAAGGUUUUUGCAGUACAUGAAUUUGUGGCUCAUGCUGGCGGCCAAGUGAGCAAACCAUACAGGAAUAUUCUUGUCGAUGGGCUGGACAAUGACCUUUUGCAUUGUCUCAUUAGUGCAUGGAACAAGCAGUCUGAUUCUGAGAGACAGGCAUUCUUUGAUGUUAGCACUGAGGGUAAUGAUGAUCCCAAUGAUGACACAUGUGGUAUUUGUGGUGAUGGAGGCAAUUUGAUGUGCUGUGAUGGAUGCCCCUCAACAUUCCACAUGAGUUGCCUAGAACUUGAGGAACUUCCCUCUGAUGAUUGGCGUUGUGCAAACUGUUCCUGUAAAUUUUGUAAGGAACAUUUGAAUGAAGAUGCUCCAGACAAUGCUGAAGUUGAUUCAUUACAUUCUUGUUUCCAAUGCAAGGAGAAAUAUCACCCAGCUUGCUCUCCUGAGACUGAGAACCUAUCCGGUGUCCCCUGUCAGGCAGGAAAUCAAUUUUGCCAGCAAAGUUGCAGGCUGCUAUUUGAGGAAUUGCAGAGUCUUCUUGCGGUCAAGAAGGAUCUUGAACCAGAAUUCGCGUGCAGGAUUAUUCAGUGCAUCCAUGAAGAUGUGCCAGAAACAGUUCUUGAUUUGGAUGAAAGGGUUGAAUGUAAUUCCAAGAUUGCAGUUGCUCUUUCACUGAUGGAUGAGUGUUUUCUUCCUAUUAUUGACCAAAGAACUGGUAUCAAUUUGAUACGUAAUGCUGUGUACAACUGUGGGUCAAAUUUUCUCCGGCUUGAUUUCCGUGGAUUCUAUAUCUUUAUUUUGGAACGUGGAGAUGAAAUAGUAUCUGCAGCAUCAGUCAGGAUACAUGGGACCAAGUUAGCAGAGAUGCCAUUCAUUGGUACACGGCAUAUGUAUCGGCGCCAAGGGAUGUGUCGUCGUCUUUUAGAUGGAAUUGAAAAGAUCCUCAGUUCUCUCAAAGUUGAGAUGUUGGUCAUUCCUGCCAUUAACGAACUUGUGGACACCUGGACAUCUAAAUUCGGAUUUAGCCCACUUGAAGUUUCUCACAAGCAAGAAGUCAAGUCUAUCAACAUGUUAGUUUUUCCUGGUACAGGUCUUCUUCAAAAGCCGCUGCUGAACAAGUCUUCACCUCAGGAGCACCCAGGUCCUGAAGGAGAUGAGGAGGCCCAAGGUUCGGAGGUCAUGGAUUCCUUGAACAGCAGCAAAGGUGCUGAUACUUGUCAAGAUUGAUGAUCCUUGUCUACAUAUCCUUUUGGCCUGUGAAGAGACAGCCGUAGGCUUUACAUGGAUGAAACCAUCCAAUUAUUUUGUUUUAACCCAGCCUGCCGUGCAUUUGCUUCCAGAAAGUAAACCUGAAAGGAUGUGUUUUUGAAGAUCAGUGCUACCCCGGUUGUUUUGGCUAGAAUUUGAUGGCUCAGAUUCGGACAGGACUUGUUGACCAGCCUGUGCAGUGUGCAGAAAUAGGAAUUGUUGACUCCAACCAUCUAACUUUAUGUGGUAUAUCCUCAGAAGUCAGCAUGUAGAGCGGGGAUGAUAGUUUUAUUCUAUGUUUCUUUUUUUUUGGCAUUGAAGUUAAAGUCAGAGGCCAGUGGUGCCUCGUCUCUUAUUGGAUGUUAGUUGUUAUUAUGUUAAUACCGUUGCAUUUUGCAUUCCAUUUUGCAACCAGAACCUCAUGUCUGUAAGAUACUAAGAACAACUGUUGCUGCAAGUAAAGCUGAAUUUAGCUUCCAAACUGAAAAUUUGUGAGGGUUUCAA